UCCAACCGGGAGCGCGCAGGCGCAGCUGGCCGGGAGUCCCAGCACUAGUCAGGGAACCCGCUGAAGAACCCGAGCCGCUGCAGCCACUACCGGCACUGCCGCCCGUUCGCCAUGGUUUCAGGUUCCCGGCUGCUGCUACCUUUGGUGCUUUGCCUGGGGCUUGGCGUACUCGUGCUUUCUGCGGGGUCCUCGGGCCUCCGAAAGCGAGGCCCCUCGGUGACGGCCAAGGUUUUCUUGGAUGUGAGGAUUGGAGACAAAGAUGUUGGCAGAAUCGUGAUUGGCCUCUUUGGGAAGGUUGUGCCCAAGACUGUGGAAAACUUCGUCGCUUUGGCAACCGGAGAGAAAGGAUAUGGAUUUAAAGGAAGCAAAUUUCAUCGCGUCAUCAAAGAUUUCAUGAUCCAAGGAGGAGACUUCACCAACGGAGACGGCACUGGCGGUAUAAGCAUUUACGGUGAGACAUUUCCAGAUGAGAACUUCAAACUGAAGCAUUACGGCAUUGGGUGGGUCAGCAUGGCCAAUGCCGGGCCUGACACCAAUGGCUCUCAGUUCUUUAUCACCUUGACCAAGCCCUCCUGGUUGGAUGGCAAACAUGUGGUAUUUGGAAAAGUCAUCGAUGGAAUGACAGUGGUCCACUCCAUAGAACUUCAGGCGACUGAUGGGCAUGACCGUCCACUCACCGACUGCUCCAUUGUCAACAGUGGCAAGAUAGACGUGAAAACACCCUUUGUGGUUGAGGUCCCCGACUGGUGAUGCACCUGGCAGAAAACAAGGAAAAUGCCCUACCAGGGUGUGUGUGUGUGUGUGUGUGUGUGUGUGUCUUUUGACUUUUCAAAGUUACUGUUUGCACUGUCUUUACUUGCUUCUAUUUCCCACUCCAGAACACAGGAGAGUUUCUGCCAAAGCUUACUUUGCAUGAAUUUUGGUAAGUCACUUGUUUAGGGACUUUGUACUUAAAAGACAUAUCCCCUUUCUUUAGUGGUGCUAUUUUUAAACUAGAAAACUUUGUAUUAGCUAUUUUCUUUUGAGGAACACAAUCAUUAUUUCCUGAAUUACUUGUGACCCCCAAGUUAAGUGUUGCUGAAGAUUUGUCAGGAAAACAUGGGGACAAGAAGUUUAUUAUUUUGUAUUUAAACAAACUCUCUUUGGGUAAAGGGAGAUUUGAUUGGGAUAAUCUGAUCUAUGUCCUGGGGACCUUUACCUGAUGACAGGUGCUGUGAUGCUCUCUAUAUUAAACACCUUAUAUAUAGAUCAA